UUAUUUAUAAUUGAAUUCUGAGUUGUAGUGGUUGGUUAGAAAGAACCUCGUCAUCGGUCAUAGAUCAAGGUUGAAAUUUAUCAUAAAAUUAAAACCAUUGAUUUUAAAAAUCAUAUUAGUUUAUCUAUCUAAUAGUUAACAGUGUAGUGAAAUUAAAAAUCAUACAAAAGAAGUAAAAUAAACAUGACUACACAAUAUUCUUUAGCUCAAGUUAAAGAACACAACGACAACAAAAGUACAUGGAUUGUAAUACAUAACGAAGUUUACGAUGUAACUCCGUUUUUAAACGAGCACCCUGGUGGUGAAGAAGUUCUUUUGGAACAAGCUGGUAAAGAAGCUAGUGAAGCUUUUGAAGAUGUAGGACAUUCCAGUGAUGCAAGAGAAUUAAUGGUAAAAUAUAAAGUAGGAGAAAUAAUACCGUCAGAACGUACUGAAGUUAAACCUAAAAAUACAGAUUGGGGAGUAUCUGACAACAAAGACAGCAGCUCUUCACAAAAUUCGUUAAAAUCAUGGUUAAUUCCUAUUGUUUUGGGUAUCAUCGCUACCAUCGUCUACCGUGCUUAUAUCCAAACUUCCUGAGGAAAGACGUAAUAAAAUUU